ACAGGAAGUGUUCAUUCAGUCGCACUCACAAGUUUGUUCUACCAAUUCUAAACUAGUCACCAAACAUGAAGGAAGAUGACGAUAUUUUGGUUGUUUAUCCUGUCAUUGUGUACAUCGUUAACCGUCAUUCAUUGUUCUAGUUAUUGCUAUUACUACUACAGUUCCUAUGCUGGAUUAACGUAUUAUUACUGUUUUUACUACUACUACUACUAUUAUUAUUACAGCAGUUACUCUUCGGUGGGAACCAUUAUUGGUGCGAUCAUUGGCGGAAUUGUAGGUUUUAUAAUAUUAUUAACCAUUGUGGUCAUUGUAUGUGUGAAAGUCUGCAAGACAACUAACCAUGGACGAGUGAUUGUCCAGCCCUCACAACCAACGGUUUCCUUCGUCCAUUCAACUAAUAACGCCUAUGGCUCAGGACCCAGUGGUUACCAUCCAGCGCCUAACCCCUACCUACCCCCUCCUUACCAGGCACCGCCCCCAUCGGGGCCUCCGGCACCACCGGAGUAUAACUUCGUCUACCCUCCUAACAAUCAAGGGCCUCAAGGAACAGCAUACGCUGGGCAAUCUGCCUAAAAUUACUCAUGGAGUAAAGUGAAGGAAAUAAAGAAAAAUCAGUUCAAAUUUAAAUGCAAUACACAGAUUAAUGUCACUUUAUUAACGUUGAAAGGAUUAAUACAUGCAAAAAGAUGUUCGGUAUUAGGUGAUUCAAAGAACUUUAUUCACAUUUUAAAAAAUACCCGUUUAGACAAUUUAUUGACAUUGGGAAAGCAGUGACUGAAUUUUACGUAAUUGCUGAGCAUUAAAUGCAAAAUGAAUUAGGAUUUAUAUACACAAACAGGUGCUUUGUUGUAAAGAAAAUUUGUUUGUUAGGGAUCUUUUAACACAUAUAUUGUGUGAUAUGUGGAUAUAUAUG